GGUCAUGGGCAGCCGGCCCCGCAGCCCCAGAGCCUACCCUGCGCCCUGUCCCGGACCGUCGACCGGAGGACCCGGCCCCGCCAAGCGCAGACGAACCGAGGAGCUUGCAGGCCUGGAAGGCCUGGAGGGGCCCCCGGCCGCCGGUGCCCUCACCUCGGUGGUGGUCCUGGCCACCGGAUGUGCCCUGCAGAUGUCCCUGGACGACGUCGACCUGGUGCUGGAGCCCGAGCCCACGUCGGUCCUGCAAGUGUCUGUCGAAGAGCUCACCCUGCUGCUGGUCCCCGAGGCCCUCCUGCGCUCAGGAGAGCAGGGCCACUCGCUUGUCGGCCUGGAACCCGGCGCUUUUCUGGGAGCGCCCGGGCACGACAUCGCCGUCGAGCAAGGAUUCUUCCGCGCAUCUGUCCCACAGAUGGCCCCCCAAGAAGAGGCCUAUGAGGAAGACGCGGACCCCGCGUUCCUGCCCCCUCGGAUGGACCCUGCAGCCGGCUCCGUCGCUGGGCUCCGCCCCUGCGCGGGAAGCGUGGCCAACCCCUACCGUGUGGGCCAGGUACCAGAGCCCCGGUCUUGGGCCCCCACUCCUAGUCCAGAGAGACGCUCUUCUUUCCGCUACUUCAACCUGGACGUCCACCUUCUGGAGCCCUUCCCCAACUCGCCACUCCAACCUCUACCUCCCUCUCCGAGUCCAGGCCCCCAUGCGCGCCCCCAGCGCCCUCCGGGUCCUUCUCGCAAGGCCCGGAGACGCCUGUUCCAGGAAUGA